AUGUCGUUUGCUGACAUUGGUGGCAUUAGUGACAAGCGGGCAGAAACACGUGUCUAUACUCAGGCAGAGGUGGAUGCGAUUAUUGCUAAAUAUAGUACACAGGAGAGUGUGUUCGUGACUGACCAGACAUCAUUAUAUAGGCGGAUUGAAUAUCUUGAAAAGAAAUUGAUUAAUUAUCAACUACACUCUGAGACUUUGGUCGAAUAUUUAAGGGUAAAAAGGAUCCCACGUGGGUUAAGAUUGAAUAUUAGACCUAGCUUUUGUAAAUCUAAUCAGGAGUUCUGUAGAAACUGGUAUAAAGUAUUGAACAAGUGUAGUUUGGAUCUUAUAACGUUAACAGUGGAAGGUUUGCAACAAGAGUUAUCAGAGUUUGAGAAAUUGCUCUCUGAUACGAAGCAGAAAUUGGCUGAAGGUCAAGAUAAGGCGGUUGUUGAAGGGAAACUUGCUGCAAUAUCGGUUAAAUUACCAAAGUAUAGAGAAGAGAUUCUAGAGAGGAAAUUGGAUAAGUUUCGAAGGGAUACUGUUGAUUAUUUGGAAGAUAAAGUGUAUACUUGGCGGCAAACACAUUCUGGGCGCUAUUUUCAAAGGCGUAGUAAAAAAGAUAAUUCUGAUAUUAGUGUGUCAGGUCCAGAGGUUUCUUCUGGAGAAUCUGAAUCUGGAAGAAGUGCUUUUUUAGGGGUACCCCUAGGAGGAGACGUGGUAAGAGGUCGAGGAGACACACACAGACCGGUGCCAACUGUGACCGAACCAAAGAGGAGAUAUCCGGGGCGCAUGAGACAACAGCGGAAACACUGGUAG